CAAAUGUUGGCACAUCUCUUUCGUUUCUUCACGCACUACCUUAUCUUUGUAGUUUCAUAACGUCAGUGCUCCGACGCAGUCACAAAAUAUCUGCAGAGAGGAUACCUACCGGAAAGAAUAAAUCGUUUUAACGAAGACGAAGUGGAUGUUUGAAUGGCUUUGCUAGGCCAAGUUGCGCUGGUGCUGGGGGGUUCCAGUGGAAUUGGGCUGGCUACGGUAGAGGAGCUGCUUCGGGCAGGAAUGAGUGUGGUCGUGGGAGAUGUAGCGAAAGAGACAGGAGAGGACGCCGUCAACAAGCUGCAGGCGCAAUUCGGCUUGGAACGCGCUAUCUUCGUGCACGUGGAUGUUCGUAGCAAGGAGCAAGUUGAAGAUGCUUUCGUCAGCACAAAGCAGUAUUUUAAGAAAAUAGAUGUUUUUAUAAAUAGUGCUGGAAUUCUUAAUGACAUGCAAUGGGAAUUAGAAGUGGACAUCAAUUUCAACGGCAUCAUCCGAGGAACGCUUGCAGCCUGGAAUCACAUGGGCAAGCAUGAAGGAGGGAGAGGUGGAACUGUCAUCAACAUAGCCUCACAACUCGGUCUCGAAGCGUUUGCCGGAUCGCCCAUCUAUUGUGCCACAAAGCACGGCGUCAUCGGAUUUAGCCGCUCCUGUGGGGAGCCUUAUCACGUCCGCCGAACUGGUGUACGGGUGAUUACAGUUUGUCCUGCAUUGACACAAACACCACUGAUCGACGAAACGAGUGAACUGAAGCAACUGACAGAGGACAUGAAGACUGAGAGCUAUCGAGCCAUGAGCACAUUUCCUACCCAAAAGCCGGAGAAUGUGGCUCGAGGCGUGCGCCAUGUCCUGCAGCACGCGGCAAGCGGCAGCGUGUGGGUGAGCGAGGGCGGCGAGGACAUCUACGAAGUCGCCAUUCCCAAGCGCCAAGACUUG